AUGGCCGGGGUGAUGCGCUGCCCCUUCCUGUCCCGGGUUCCCCUGGCGGUGUUGCAGCAGGCGGGGCGGUCUCUGCUGGGCUUCGCCCUCAAAUGUCCCGUGAUGAUGGACCUGGCCUCACGCCCCCUCGCCAUCGGCCCCCUGCGAGCUGCCUCCUCCUCCCCCCCAACCCAGACCCCGCCUGCUGGAGAGCGUGAGUACUGCAGCUCUGAGGCCCCAGCCGGCCUGCCCCCAGGCCACUCCCUGCUGCCCCCAGGCCCAGCUUCAGGCUCUAAUUGCCCCUUCCUGGCGGUGGAGAUGGGCACGGGGCCGGGGAGCAGAGUGGUGUGGCAGGCCAGGGUGGAGCUGCAGGAGGACGUGCAGGAGAUUCAGGUGCGCAGAGUGGGCCCUGGGGGGAGCAGCCCCCCCACACCCCCAGACCCCCCCGGCCUCCUGCAGGACCUGCUGAAGCAGCGCCCCCCCCGGGUGUCCCACCUGGUGCAGGACAACAUGCCCAAAACCGUGUCCAGCUUCUACUAUGAUCGUUUCUUUGAGAAGAAGAUUGAGGCGAAGCGGAGCGACCACACGUACCGUGUGUUUAAAACCGUCAACCGGCGAGCCCUGUCCUUUCCCAUGGCUGAUGACUACACAGAGACGCUGUCCUCCAAGAGGGACACAGAGACGCUGUCCUCCAAGAGGGACGUCACCGUGUGGUGCAGCAACGACUACCUGGGCAUGAGCCGCCACCCUCAAGUGCUCAACGCUGUCAUGGACGCGCUGCGGCAGCACGGCUCAGGGGCGGGAGGCACGCGGAACAUUUCGGGGACGAGUAAGUUCCAUGUGGAUCUGGAGAGGGAGCUGGCCGACCUGCAUGGGAAGGACUCCGCCCUGCUCUUCUCCUCCUGCUUCGUGGCCAACGACUCCACCCUGUUCACCCUCGCCAAGAUGCUGCCCGGAUGUGAGAUCUACUCGGACGCUGGGAAUCAUGCUUCCAUGAUUCAGGGCAUCCGGAACAGUGGCGUUCCGAAGUUCAUCUUCCGGCACAAUGACCCAUCUCACCUGCAUGCCCUCCUGCAGCGUUCUGAUCCAGCCACGCCCAAGAUCGUCGCCUUCGAGACUGUGCACUCCAUGGAUGGCGCGGUGUGUCCGCUGGAGGAGCUGUGUGAUGUGGCACACCAGUUCGGCGCCAUCACGUUUGUGGAUGAGGUGCACGCGGUCGGGCUGUACGGGGCCCGGGGCGGGGGGAUCGGGGAACGGGACGGGGUCAUGCACAAGAUCGACAUCGUCUCCGGGACUCUGGGGAAGGCGUUUGGCUGCAUGGGCGGGUACGUGGCCAGCACGCGCGGGCUGGUGGAUGCGGUGCGGUCGUACGCCGCCGGCUUCAUCUUCACCACGUCCCUGCCGCCCAUGCUGCUGGCCGGGGCCCGCGAGUCCCUGCGCCUGCUGAGGGGCCCCGAGGGCCGGGCCCUGCGCCGCUCCCACCAGCGCACCGUCCACCUGCUCCGGCACAUGCUGCUGGACCGGGCCCUGCCCGUGGUGCACUGCCCCAGCCACAUCAUCCCCAUCAGGGUUUCCGACGCAGCGAAGAACACUGAGAUCUGUGACAUCAUGAUGACUCGCCACAACAUCUACGUCCAGGCCAUCAACUACCCGACCGUGGCCCGAGGGGAGGAGCUUCUGCGCAUCGCCCCCUCGCCCCACCACACACCCCAGAUGAUGAGACACUUUGUGGAGAAGCUCGUGAGCACGUGGAAGCAGGUGGGGUUGGAGCUGGAGCCUCACUCUGCGGAGGAGUGCAGUUUCUGCCACCAGCCGCUGCACUCCCAGCUGAUGAGCGAGAGAGAGAGGGCCUUCUUCUGCUCUCUGAGCCCGCCCCCGAGCAUGGCCGGGGCCUGA